GUUGAUGUGAGAAUUGCUGUGGAGGUUGAUGUGAGAAUUGCUGUGGAGGUUGAUGUGAGAAUUGCUGUGAAGGUUGAUAUGAGAAUUGAGAUUGAUGUGGGAAUUGCUGUGAAGGUUGAUGUGGGAAUUGCUGUGAAGGUUGAUGUGGGAAUUGCUGUGGAGGCUGAUGUUGCGGAGGCUGUGAAGAAAAGGAGGAUGACCGAUGAUAUUCAUUCUGCCUUGGUGGAGUAUCAUCGGAGAAGGUUAACUGAUGAGAUUCAUUUUGACAUGAUGCAGAAUUUUGUAAUGGGGAGCCAGAAGGCAAUUCAUGUGAAGAAGGUAAAACAACAAACGAGUCGUUUUGUAAUGAAGGGAUAUGGGAAGAUUGACAAUUUCGAGCCGGUGCAGUUGAAGGUGAUUUGA